AUGGCCCUUCCGUGGGUGGACGAACUGAAGCUUUGGCCGAAGAUUCAGCGCUCAUUUAUCUACGAGUACAUGAUUACCAGGCAAGACAUUGAUGGCAAGCCAUCGCAGAAUUUCAAGGGAUUUGUCGAGGCGCUGAACUUGUUGGAUUCCGGCCACGUCGGAGCAAUCCUCGUGCGUCAAGAAGCUGGACUCUGUGAACUUCAAUCCCAAGUCAGGUCGUCACAGACAGUGUCUAAACUGUACGAGACACAGGUCACCUUCACAGACAAUGUGAUCACAAGCAUCGUCUGCUCCUGUAUGGCUGGGCAAGGGCAGUCGUGCUCACACGCAGCAGCACUUCUGUUCAAGGUUGCAGAAGCAUCAAGUAGAGGGCUGACUGGGUCAGCAUGCACCGAUGUACAGUGCAAGUGGAACGCUUCCACUGCAAAGAACGUGGUACCCGCACCCUUGGAGGUCAUCUACGGACUCAAGUCAGGCAAGGCUGGGUUCCCCCAAUUUGACAGUCAUAGGGCACUCCAAGAACAUAUCAAGCGCUCUGGCUUCAGGAACAUAGAGGGGACCAUCCUGGCAUCUGUGAUGGGCGCCCAACUGAAGAAUGCUCCCCUUCAAGUUGUGAGAGGCCCCCAGUCCCAUGGUUGCCACUCCGGCGAGCUCAUCUGUGGCCCAUGCAAGAGCUUCUACGACGCCAACGCGGCACUAACGGCAGCAGCGAUAGCUUCGCUGGAGGAGCAGACCCGGGGCCAGGACAGCAGCCAGUGGCAGACUGCACGAAAACGUCUGAACAAUACCUUUCGUGGGAACGAGAACACAAGACAUGGCAAGAAAACCGAGCCGAAAGCCAGGGCCUGGUAUGAAGAGGACCAGGACUGCGUGCUACGGCUCUGUGGCUUGACCGUCCACGAAGGAAACCCAUGGCUGGCGGCCAGCCCAGAUGGCCUGAAAGCAGCUGGCAACGUGCUAGUUGAGAUCAAAUGCCCGACACCAGACACUCUAAAAAAGUAUGGCUCUCUAGAGUGCCUUUUUGCAUCUGGCAAGUAUGACGUUAGGUAUGAUGGCCCAGAUCUUAUACUCUCGCCCAAGGGGAAGAAUGCAUAUUACACACAAGUGCAGCUACAGCUGUACUGCUCUGGGCAACACUCAUGUAACUUUGAGGUAUUUGCAGAGAAGAAGGGCUACAUUGCCAAAGUGCCAUAUAACAAGGCCUUCAUUGAGAGCUUGCUCCCAAAACUGAAAUCACUUUAUUUUGAACACUACCUGCCGGCACCUGUUGACGAGCAUGCAGGUUUCUGA